AUGGAAACGCGGAGCAAAAAGCCGAAGGAAAAUGACGAAAUGGAUGGUAAAAUUUCUAAAGCUGUCUGUGGUAUGUCUGAUGUUAAUGAUGAUAAAUGUGAUGAUGUUAGUAUUAAUAGUAUGUCCUCUGGUCAGCUUAGUACUUCUAGAUUAGGGUUAGGUAAGGCAUUACUAAGAAAAAGGAAUUUAGAAAUAAGACUUGAAUUAGAAUGGCAACUUAAGAUGUUAGAUCUCCAAGAAGAGGUUGAUAUGGCUGAAUUAGAAUGUAAGGUCAUGGAGGACGGUAGCCAACUGCCCGUAGACAAAUGA